AUGCGGCGGCAGUUCCAGGAACAGGACUCGAGAGUCCGCACCUGGGCAGGCCGAGCAUACACGGAUGACGAACUCUCCCGUCGCUUCGACCAACAGACAGCCACAGGAAGUGAUGACGGACUUAUGGACGAGGAGGCAGCUCGGCGUCUGGUUGCAAGGGAGAGAGAGAGCUCACAGAGCGAUCUCAUGGACGAGGCAACUGUCAAGCGCAAGCUAGCAGAAGAGCGAGCUAGGGAACGAGAAAAAGACGCCGUGGAUGCCGAAGAGGAGCGACGGGCAGCUGCUGCGAGAGCUGCAUGCCAGGAUAGCAGUGAUGAGAGCAGCAGAAGCAGAAGCAGAAGUCGCAGUCGGACAGAGCCACCGCGCCCGGCCUCAAGGCCUGUGAGCUUUGAGCCACUGUCAGGGGAGGGUGAUGGCCUUCAGCCGGGCGCCAUGGUCAUGCUCACCAACCUGAAGCAGGCCGCAGCGCUCAAUGGAUCGCGCGGGAAGUUGGAGCGCUUCGACGCGGCAUCCGGCCGCUGGGAGGUGAAGCUUCUCGCCAGCGGAGAUGUGAAAGCAAUCCGCCCAGACAAUCUCCUUCCUGCUCCAGACACGGAGGAUGCCUCUGCUGCUCCAUCGAGCCCUGUUCCGGAGAUUGCGCCGAGGUCGCCUCCACCUGCGCCGGAGCUCACCGGCCGCGCCCAAGGGGCAGCCGCUUCUCGGGUUGCAGCCCCGGCCCCUCCUCCCAAGCCGGCCAGACGCAUGGGGACUGUUCGGUGGUACAACGGUCGUAGGAAGCUUGGAGCUGUGAUACCAGACGGACCUACAGAUGCCGCAGAUCUCUUCAUCCCGGCUCAGGGGGCACCAAACGGCUCCCAGGUUCCACCGCAGCCUGGCGGGCUGUUCCAUGGCACACGCGUGAGUUUUCUCCCGAUGACAAUCAAAAGUGAAGCUGCCAAUGGCAAGCAGAAGACCGAAGUCGUCUGCAUGGAUGUCCGGCCACUGGCGGGACAGAAGGGCCUCCUCUGUGGAGUUGACACCAAUGCAGGGGCGAAGGAGCGCAACGACGAUCGCAUUGCUGCACAAGACUUGCACGAGCUUGGCUUUCUGUCGGGAAUCUUCGAUGGCCACAGGGGCGGAUCCUGUGCAGAGUUCGCUGCCAAGCAGGUACCUCCAAACGUAUUGUCAGCGUACCGGGCACGUGCGAAGCGCCAGACCCUUACAGAGUCUACCUUAGCGGUGACGGGUCACAUGAAUAAACUCCGCCCCGUAUACCAUGCCUCCAAAAACCGGUUGACCAGCGUUUUUUUUGCUCCGGCCGAUGCUCGUUAUGCUUGGGGCUUGGGCUGA